GGGCUCCUCCUCCAGAGAUGUCGCAGGAGCAUCCCCUGUCAGCGCGCCUUUUGCCUGCGCCUUUUCUUUUAUUUGACACUUCACUGCAUUGGGCCCCGUCAUUUUAAUCAUCAUCAUCAUCAGCAGCAGCAGCAUCACAGGCGCCGCAGAACACGGCGCGGAGUGGAAUAUUCAUCAGCACCGUGCUCGUCUCUCAUCCCCUCUCCUCCAUCGGACUGUAAGGCUGCACGGUCCUCCUCCUCCUCCUCCUCUUCUUCUUUCACCACCACCACUACCAUCACUUCCUCCGCCACCGCCACUGCAACCCCUCCUCCUCCUGCCCUCCUGUGUGCACCCUCUCUCAUCCGGGCCGGGACAUUCUCCGCUCCACGCACACGCAAGAUUAACUGGGGAUUGUGGCUCUCCGCCCGCCCACUGAUGCUGAUGCUGAUGUCCUUGAGCUCGGCCCGCACGGUCUCUGUGGAGCAGCAGUAGCUACUACCUACCUCACAUCUGCAUCCACUUCCUCUCCUUGAUUUAUCAGCUACCUUUGGCUCAUUGGCCCUUCUCUUCAUCUGUCAAUCACCCCCCGUUUCCCCCGCCCACGUAUGUGUCAGCCGGCCCGCCCAUCCAUGGACUGGCUGUGAACCUGGAGGGAGGGGGACAGGCGAGAGGAAGGCGACGAAAGCUGGAUUCGUUCAGAUAUCACGCUUCUGAAGUGCUUCUGCACUCUGUUCUUCACCCUGCUCAUCCUCCUCCUCCUCCUCCAGUGAUGGAGAAGUGAACGAGCAGCGGAAGGAUAGGCUGAGACACUGAGGAGAAAAAUAACACAAUCCUGCACCACUUCAUUCAAGAAAAGGCCAUUGAAGUGUAUGAGAAGAAUUAUACAGUUUUGAAUAAGAAAUCAAGGAAGGAGUGAGACAGGCUGUUGAACACAUGAACAAGCUGUCAGCGAGCACACGAGCGGGUCACUGAUCUAAGGACAGACGGGGAAGGACGAACACAACACAAAUCAACCUUUGUGUCAUGUCAACAACAGCGACAAUGGGAGAAAUGGCGAACAGCGCAGUGGAGUUUUACCCUAAAGGGACUCGAGGAGGAGGAAGGGAGGAUGGGGGCCACGGAGGAGGAGACUUUGGGGUCACGUUGAAAGAGCUGAGGGAGCUGAUGGAGCUCAGGGGAGGCGAGGCCUUGCAGAAGAUCCAGGAUAGCUAUGGAGACACAGACGGGCUCUGCCAGAGACUGCAGUCCAGCACCACUGAUGGUCUCAGCGGGGAUCCAGCGGACUUGGAGCGUCGAUGUCAGACCUUUGGCCAAAACUUUAUCCCCCCAAAGAAGCCCAAGACUUUCCUUGAGCUUGUGUGGGAAGCCCUGCAAGAUGUCACGCUCAUUAUUUUGGAGAUUGCUGCAAUCAUCUCUCUCGCCCUUUCUUUCUACCAGCCUCCCGGAGAAGAUUCAGAGUCGUGCGGCAAUGUGGCGGCUGGAGCGGAGGAUGAAGGUGAGGGGGAGGCUAACUGGAUCGAGGGUGCGGCCAUUCUAUUGUCAGUGGCGUGUGUCGUCCUGGUGACCGCGUUUAACGACUGGUCCAAAGAGAAACAGUUCCGGGGGCUACAGAGUCGAAUCGAGCAGGAACAAAGGUUCACCGUUGUACGGAAAGGAAAUGUCAUCCAGAUUCCUGUAGCUGACAUGGUGGUGGGGGACAUGGCCCAGGUCAAAUACGGGGACCUGCUACCAGCCGAUGGCAUCUUAGUUCAAGGUAACGAUCUGAAGAUAGAUGAGAGCUCUCUAACAGGAGAGUCGGACCACGUUCGCAAGUCUGUGGACAAGGACCCCAUGCUGCUUUCAGGUACUCAUGUGAUGGAGGGUUCAGGCCGCAUGCUGGUGACGGCUGUCGGAGUCAACUCGCAAACAGGCAUCAUCUUCACUCUGCUGGGGGCUGGAGAUGUGGAGGAAGAUGGCAAAGACAAAAAAGGGAGCAAGCGAGAGAGAGCAAGAGAAAGAGAGGACAAUACUCAGUUGCUCAUCUCCACAGAUGCAAGUUACAGCACAGUCACCAAUGGAAAACAACCUGACGGUGCGGUGGAGAACAACCAGAACAAAGCCAAGAAGCAGGACGGGGGUGUCGCCAUGGAGAUGCAACCCCUAAAGAGCGCAGAGGGAGGGGAAGUGGAAGACAGAGAGAAGAAGAAGACCAACAUACCGAAAAAGGAGAAGAGCGUCUUGCAGGGCAAACUCACCAAACUUGCGGUUCAAAUUGGAAAAGCAGGUUUGGUGAUGUCCGCAAUCACUGUCAUCAUCCUGGUGCUCUACUUUGUCAUCGACACCUUUGUUGUUGAAGGUCAUGUGUGGGUGACAGAAUGCACUCCGGUCUACAUCCAAUACUUUGUCAAGUUUUUCAUCAUUGGAGUCACUGUGUUGGUGGUGGCAGUCCCAGAGGGUUUACCGCUCGCUGUCACCAUCUCUCUGGCGUACUCUGUCAAGAAAAUGAUGAAGGACAACAAUCUUGUCCGCCACCUGGAUGCAUGUGAGACUAUGGGUAAUGCCACAGCCAUCUGCUCCGACAAGACAGGCACGCUCACCACCAACCGAAUGACUGUGGUACAGGCUUAUGUAGGUGACGUGCACCACCGCUUGAUACCAGAUCCUGGUCAGAUUAACCCCCAGGCAUUGGAUCUAUUAGUCAAUGCUAUCUCUAUCAACAGUGCCUACACCUCCAAGAUCUUACCACCGGAUGUGGAGGGAGGCUUGCCAAAGCAGGUGGGCAAUAAGACAGAGUGUGGCCUGCUGGGAUUUGUAUUAGACCUACAACAAGACUAUACUCCCGUCAGAGAACAGAUCCCCGAGGAGAGACUCUACAAGGUGUACACUUUUAACUCAGUGCGUAAAUCCAUGAGCACGGUGAUAAAGCUGCCAGAUGGUUCCUUCCGUCUCUACAGUAAGGGAGCCUCUGAGAUCAUGCUCAAAAAGUGUUCUUACAUCCUAGAUGCCAAUGGAGAAGCUCGUAGUUUCCGCCCGCGAGACAGAGAUGAGAUGGUCAAACAGGUGAUCGAGCCAAUGGCAUGCGAGGGCCUGAGGACCAUAUGCAUUGGUUAUCGUGACCUGCCCUCCAAUCCAGAGCCCGACUGGGAAAAUGAAUCAGAAAUAGUUACAGAAUUGACCUGUAUCACUGUGGUCGGGAUUGAGGAUCCAGUACGACCUGAGGUACCUGAGGCCAUCCGGAAGUGUCAGCGUGCGGGCAUCACUGUGCGAAUGGUGACUGGUGAUAACAUUAACACAGCCAGGGCCAUUGCUGCCAAAUGUGGAAUCAUCCACCCUGGGGAUGACUUUAUCUGUCUAGAGGGCAAAGACUUCAACCGACGAAUCAGAAACGAGAAAGGGGAGAUUGAACAGGAGCGAAUUGAUAAAAUCUGGCCCAAACUGCGUGUGUUGGCUCGGUCUUCCCCAACAGACAAGCAUACCCUUGUCAAAGGCAUCAUUGACAGUAGCGUUGUCGAACAGAGGCAGGUGGUUGCAGUGACAGGGGAUGGAACCAAUGAUGGACCAGCUUUGAAGAAGGCUGAUGUUGGCUUUGCUAUGGGCAUCGCCGGGACAGACGUGGCUAAAGAGGCAUCUGACAUCAUUUUGACUGACGACAACUUCAGCAGCAUUGUCAAAGCGGUGAUGUGGGGAAGAAACGUCUACGACAGCAUUUCCAAGUUCCUGCAGUUCCAGCUCACAGUGAACAUAGUGGCUGUCAUCGUGGCCUUCACCGGGGCCUGCAUCACUCAGGACUCUCCUCUGAAGGCGGUGCAGAUGCUGUGGGUGAACCUCAUCAUGGACACGUUUGCCUCUUUGGCCCUGGCUACUGAGCCCCCCACUGAGGCGCUGUUGCUACGGAAACCCUACGGUCGCAACAACCCGCUCAUUUCCCUCACCAUGAUGAAAAACAUUCUGGGCCAUGGAGUGUACCAACUGGUCAUCAUCUUCACCCUGCUUUUCAUUGGCGAGCGCAUGUUCAACAUCGACAGCGGCCGCAACGCUCCGCUCCACUCGCCUCCAUCGGAACACUACACCAUCAUCUUCAACACCUUUGUCCUCAUGCAGCUGUUCAAUGAGAUCAACGCACGUAAGAUCCAUGGGGAGAGAAACGUCUUUGAUGGCAUAUUUUCCAACCCCAUCUUCUGCUCCAUUGUUCUGGGGACCUUCGCAGUACAGAUUGUGAUUGUGCAAUGGGGUGGCAAGCCAUUCAGUUGUGCUCCACUCAACAUGGAGCAGUGGCUCUGGUGUCUGUUUGUUGGAGUUGGAGAGCUGCUUUGGGGUCAGGUGAUCGCCACUGUCCCGACGGCGCGGCUGCCGUGCCUGAAGGAAGCGGGUCUCGGUCUGGAGCCUGGAGAGGAGGAAGGGGAAGAGCUUGCAGAAGAUGAAGAAGAGAUCGACUGUGCCGAAAGAGAGCUGCGUCGAGGACAGAUCCUCUGGUUCCGAGGCCUCAACCGCAUACAGACUCAGAUGGAGGUAGUGAGCACAUUCAAGCGAAGUGGCUCGUUUCAGGGAGCGGUGAGAAGGCGCUCCUCCGUGCUCAGUCAGCUCCACGACAUGCGAGUGGUGAAAGCAUUCCGUAGUUCACUGUACGAGGGCCGGGAGAAACCAGAAUCCCGCAACUCCAUCCACAACUUCAUGGCCCACCCGGAGUUCCUCAUCAAUGACCUCAUCCACAACAUCCCGCUGAUUGAUGACACUGAUGUGGACGACGAAUCAGAACUCAGCCGAUAUCAGCACGUGCACCCGGCCCUUCGCAAGCCGCCACCCCCUCCCACUCAGCCCCAGCCUACGGGCCGCACCCGUCCUACCCGUCCGUACCGCCAGUUUAGCCUCCCAGUGACCCAGUGCAAUCGAAAUAAUAACAACAGCAGCAGCAGCAGCACUUCAUCAAUUGGCCACUCCAACAAACACAACAGCAACACCGAAACCCCUAGCAAGCAAACCCCCCUUCAUCACCACCAUCAACACUGCAACAACCAUCAUAGCAGGGACCGGCUGGGGAAACCCCCAACCCCUCACUUAGCCCACCUCUACUGUGUGGAGACCACCUUAUAACUGAGUGGCUCGGGGAGAAGCGGAACUGAGUCCUGGGGUGGGGAGGGAAAAACGGGAGCAGAGGAGAGAGCUUGAGGACGCACAUGUGACAUUUCCGUCCAGUCUCUCUUGCGACACAGGAGGGGGAAGGACAAUGGUUGCCGACUCCACGUGAACAUUGUCACUAUCGAGCCCUUUGACCCCCCUCAAACUACCACUCCCUCCCCUUCAUCCACUAGCCACCCACCCCGCCUUGACCUCACUCACUCGCCGAUGGUGGGUUUGGAGACAGUGGGCGUCCCUGCCGUAAAUCCAUCUUUCAAAGGGUCAUCAGACCUGGGUCAUGUGGCAACGGGCCGAAUCCCUUCAUUCCUACUGGUGGUAAUUGAGUAUGGUUGCCGUGACCUCACCUGCUCUCCUGCCAUGACACCACAGCCACCGUACGCAACAAUUAUCUGGUUUCUCAUUCAAAACGUUUAACAAUUCAUUUUGCUUGUAAUAUAAUUGUUGAAGCUUUAACUUCCUCAUCCGUUCUAUCUCUAUUCAUUCAUUUCUGAACAUAAUGGUGCUCAUCCCUUUUCACAUUGCUUCACUCGUUGUCCCUGCAGCAUGAUGUUAUUUUUAAUUUGACCUCCUAUCACUCCUCCCUCUUGCUCUCAAUAUGCGCGCUGUCUUGUCUCUUCUGAAAAGGGAAAAAAAAUAAUCAUUCAAACAGAUACCCUUCAUUUAGGCCUAAUAGUAAAGGAAGGAGUUAUAUAAAUAUAUAUACAGUACAUAUGUAUAUAUUAUAUUAUUUUUUUUAUUAAUAAUUGGGAAGCGACAAUACAGAACUUGUCAUCAGUCGCCAAUCCUUGAAUGCUGCCCCAAGUCCACAUAUGUUGUCUGUGUGGGAUGUACACGUCUAUACAUAGAGUAUAGUGGCCCCGUGCAUAUGAUGAACUGUUGUAUGGUUUAUGUCUCAAUACUGUAAGGCUCUUCAAUUCCUCUCCGUCCUCGUCUUGCGGUUCUUCUUCCCCCGCUUUGCUUUGGCUCAUGUCCCCCUAAUCUCUCUUUUUGGAAUGCUUGUGAAGCAUUAUCCCUUUAAAUGGCAUCAGGUCAUCAUGCACAGACUAUGGCCCUUUAAGACUGACCCUCACCUCAAACGUGCUCCUGCUCACAUGUCAUAGGGUCAACACCAUCAUGCACCACCAAAUAAGAUUGACUGAUUAUUGAAUCAUAAACACUAACAACUCAUUGUUGGUUUGGCCCUAAGCCCUUACAGACCUACUACUCUAUGUAUAACCAAUGAGAGCGUUGUUUGUCGCAUAAUCGGUUCGAUCAAAUCAAUUUCCCAUCAUUGGGCAGCAGUUAUGUGAGCAGCUGAUGGUUGAAUGAGAAGAUCCCUAUUCUCCUAGGCUUUGCUUUUUCUUGCUUUAAAACUCGACGCAGAACACAUCAAGACUAACCAGCUUGCUGAUUUACAAAGGAUAAUAAUAGGGGGAGACCUACAGCAUUUUACCCAACAACUUAUUUUUCAUUUUUAUCGUAUAAUUUAUAAAGUGUGACUUUCAACAGCUCUAAAAUCAGAAGCGUUACAAUUGUCCCCACACCAGGCCAUCUCCACCUCAAUUAAAUUUUUUUUUUACUCUUAUUCUUUUUUUAAUAGCCAAUUAUUGGAGUACCUUACAAGACUUUACUAUUACUAAAUUUCAUUUUAAAAUUGUUAUAUUUCAUUCUACUUCUUUUAAAACAAUUCAUCAUCUUCCUUAAUCUUCUGCUGCUGGAAAUAAUGCAUUUUUACUGCCUCAUAGUGAGGCGUAUGGGGUCCAUUGUGAACUCCUGUCUAAGUUACCAAAUAUGGUUGCUUGCCCGAUAAAGGGAGGGAAGUGAACGGACCCAUACGGUCUUGUACAGUCAAACUGUUUUUAUGCUACUCUACAGACAGACAACAGCACUUCGUUUUUACAGAAAUAUGAGCUAUGUGCUUUAUAAUGUGUCAGAGAGUUUGAAUGCACACAUUAUGAAACGAGUGGACAUAUUUAGUAUGUCCUUGGCUCUGGGGUCAAUUGUAACACUAUAGUUCUGCUAUAGACAUGUCGACGACUUCCAAAUCGUUUUUGAAAGUCGCAAUUGAAUUACUGUUACGUGCUCUUGGUUUGCAAUACUAAGCUUCUUUAUGUGAUCAUGGCAACAACUUGAAAUGUUUUAAGCUUACAACACAGGUACACAAAUCUUUGGCAACAUACAUGAUGGAAAGACCAUGUGAGCCGGGGUCAUCACAUUCCACCACAUUCAUCACCGUGACCUUCUGUGGAACAUUACACAAAUUCCAAACAAGAGUGUCUUGCAGUAUCCCAUGUUGCACCACGUGUGGGUAAACUGCUGACUUCAUGGUGCCCCGGAGUGCAACGCAAUGCAAAUCACCUCCCACCCUCCAAUCACCACCACCUCCUUGUCCUCCCACCUCCCAAUACGUUUCUCCUGUUGACUUCCCGACCGGACCCACCACCAGAAAAAGGCAAGGGCGGAUAAUAUGCAACUGACUGACAUGUCAUUACGUGUACCCCAGAUUAGAACUGCAGUGUAACAGGGAUGCUAACACAUGCAAAAACAGAGCAGGAAUACCUGUGUCCUGCUAGUUCUGUUUCAGGGUGGGCGCAAGGCUCUCUGGAGAAAACCGUAACUGUACAGAACUCUUGUCUUCUUGAAUGCUCAUCAUCAUCAUGGCUGCCAGCCACACCUGGAUGGUAGCAUUGUGUUACUCUGUCUGUUUUGAAGCAUGCAUUUUGGUAUCAUUAAUGUCACUCUUUAUGUGUAGGUAAAUCAUUUAGAUUACUGUCACAACUGUGUGCUAUGAACUCUCCACGUUUGCUCUCUCUCAUCUACACACACAACCACACCUGUUCCAGUCUAACUUUGUCUAUUUCAGCGCCUCAUAGCACAGCUCUGUCAGUGCUUCUCACAGUAAACAAAAAGACACGCACACCAAACAUACGGAGCAAAUCUACAGUGUUGUAAAUUAGAUGGACCAGUUCCAGCUAUUUCUGUCCAUCUGUCCACCCAUGUUACAUUAUGAUGUUGUGAGAUAGAUUAACAGAAGGCAAAGCAGAAUGUGAAAAAGAAUAUAUUUAUCCAAAAUUAGAAAUUGUACAACUGUAUCAAAACUGUACAGCUCGCCCCUAAUGUGCACACAUGCAACUUUAAUUUACAGGUACUGUGUUCCUGUUACUCUAUUUUAUGCUUUUGUUCCACCUUUUAGUCCUGUUACUUUUUGUAAGGAGAGGGAAAACUAAAAAGAAGCACUUGUACAUUACUAUGAUGACUGAUUUUCUCCACCGGUGCUCCCACUGAUGGAAAACCUACAUUGCACAUUCUCUGGAGCAUAUUCUGAGGGCUGUGUUUUCUGUCCAGUGAACAGCCCCUGAAGUGUGCAGAGGAGCCGAGAUGCUUUCAAGUAUCUUGAGACCAUAGUGGAGACUCUGUAAAUAAGCAGGAGAGAAAUGUACCUUGUUAUUAUCGAAAGGACUGGACAAAAUGAGGCUGGAAAACUGGAGGGUGGCACAGAGCUAGAGACUGCAGAAGUGCAAUGCAUUCUGUGUGUGCAUUGUUUAGGCUGCUCUUUUAGAUCUGCCGCAAGUAUUUACGGCCCGGGGAGAAAUUUAGGCUUUCACAUUAUUCAUUAUCCAUACUGUUGUAAAUUUGGGGUGUGAACUGGUCCCCCUUCUUACACAAUGCAGAGCUGUUCUGCAGACAGAAAAUGCAGCCUGAACUGUGCUGAAAUAAAAAAGACCAAAAAAAAAACAAAGAAUAUUGAAUAUAUUAAAAAAUUACCUGCCUGUUAUUUAAGCUAAUAAAUAUCUAUAUAUAUGAGGAAAAACACCUGUAUACUGUAGACAAACUGUAUGAAAAGCUAAGAUAAUUUAUCGGGAAUUAAGUCCAACACCUUUUGUCUGUAUGAAAGAAAAAAAAAACUAAGUAUUCUACAAUAAUAACUUUGACAAGUC